AUGGGUCGUGGGAAGGUGGAGAUGAGGCGGAUCGAGAACAAGAUCAGUCGGCAGGUGACAUUCGCCAAGCGCCGGAACGGGUUGCUCAAGAAGGCGUACGAGCUCUCGCUGCUCUGUGACGCAGAGGUGGCUCUCAUCAUCUUCUCCGGCCGCGGCCGCCUCUUCGAGUUCUCCAGCUCAUCCUGCAUGUACAAAACACUUGAGAGAUACCGCACCUGCAACUACAAUUCGCAGGAAGCAACGCCGACGACAGAAAAUGAAAUUAACUACCAGGAAUACUUGAAGCUGAAGACCAGAGUUGAAUACCUUCAAAGCUCACAACGAAAUAUUCUCGGUGAGGAGCUGGGUCCACUCAGCAUGAAGGAGCUUGACCAAAUUGAGAACCAAAUAGACGUGUCCCUCAAGAAUAUCAGGUCAAGAAAGAAUAAAGUAUUACUCGAUGAGCUAUUUGACCUGAAAACUAAGGAGCAAGAACUGCAGGAUCAGAACAAAGACCUGAGGAAGAAGUUGCAGGACACCACCAACCUCGGCGAGAAUGCGCUCCCUAUGUCGUGGCAAGAUGGAGGGAAAAGUAGCUCUAGUGGGCAUGCCGUUGAGCCUUAUCCGGAACUCCUCCGACAACCGGAACAGGAAUCCUCCAUGCAGAUUGGGUACCGUCCUGCCUACAUGGACCAGCUGAACAACGAAGACAUGGCUUCUCAGCGCCUUAACCUUGGAUCAUCUACAGGUUGGAUAUGA